UGACAGCUCGUGCUUCCAUUAUGGGCAUACGGAACUUCCGCUGGUGCAGCAGCCAUUUUGUCUUUCUGCGAGGAGUCCGUCGGACGUUCCGAGUCUUGCAGUUCCUCGUGUCGUGUUUACAUCCAACCACUGAACGGGGAUACAGAAGGCAGAGGGACUGAGAAGCCUCCACCCGGAGUGCAACGGGUGCGCCGGGGGGAGGGCGCGCGUGAGCCGAGGAAGGUGCUUGUCAGUAAUUUUGUCAAAGUCCCUAUCAGCGAUGUCUAGCGAAGAGAGUUACCUGGCGAUACUGCGAUACCUGACCAAUGAGCGGGAGCCUUAUGCCCCAGGCACUGAGGGGAAUGCUAAGCGGAAGAUCCGCAAGGCAGCGGCUUGCUAUGUGGUGAGGGAGGGCACUUUGUAUUACCAGCGCAAGCUCAGGGACAAGGAAGGCUUCACCGAGCUGGAAGUCGUGUUGCAACCUGAGCGCAGGAAGGGGCUCAUAGAGGCGGCGCACAUCAAUACCGGAGGGGAGCACUUAACCCGGCAUCAAACAUGGCACGUCCUGUCACAGAGCUACUGGUGGAGAGGUAUUUUAAAACAUAUGAAAGAUUACAUCAAAGACUGCAGCAAAUGCCAAGAACGGACGGACCGAUCUCGAUCUACUAAUGAUGCCUCUGAAAUGUUAGAAGAACUCGGGUUAGAUGCCCGAUCUGACACUAAUGAGACAGAUGACGAGAGUAGCAAUCCAGCAUCCAAUACAAGUCACACUCCAAAAACUUCAAGAAAGAAACCAACUGCAAAACACGAACUUGUGUUUGUUGAUAGUAAAGGCAUUGUUAAGCAGACAUCUUCUAAACAUGGACAGACAAUCUUGAACCAGUUAAAUCAGCAACGACUAAAUAAUCAGUUUUGUGAUGUAACGCUUCUUAUUGAAGGACAAGAAUUUAAAGCCCACAAAGCUGUCUUGGCAGCCAGCAGUGAGUACUUUACGGAGCUCUUCAUUGAAAAAGGAGCUGUUACGAGUCAUGAAGCUGUUGUUGAUCUUUCAGGGUUCUGCAAAUCCAGUUUCCUACCACUGCUCGAGUUUGCAUACACAUCAGAACUUGUUUUUGACUUCUGCAGCAUGGCUGAAAUUUCUAUGCUGGCUCGGCAUCUCUUUAUGAAUGAAGUGCUAGAAAUAUGUGAAUCUGUCCAUAGACAAAUGGAGACGAAUCAAAUCAACUUGUGCCAAAAAGUCGAUGUCGUGUCGGAAAGCAGUUGUUUGGAUGGCCGUGUUGUGGAGCUACAAACAGUAGGGAUUAAUGCACCACCAUUAUUGGCUGAGGUAAUAACCAGCCAAAAAACAUCUCUUGUAAAUAAUAAGAAUGUGGCAUGUGAGCCUGUAGCAACAGAGACUGUUACAAAUUCAACUGAUGGUGUAUUAUCUCAGUUGUCUGAGGAACCCACGGUGCAUCUUGUCACUAGCCCUGAAGUUCCCAUCAGCUCAUUGACUGGAAUGACAGCGAUAUACCUUUCAGACAUGUCCUCAGAACUUCAGACUGCUGUCAUCAUUCCUGCAGUAAAAGAUAUAUCAAAUGUUCACGAACAUCAGCAAAUAUUAAGCGAUACUCAAGAGGACAGUACUCCUGCUGAGCACUCGGAAUCUCCACAGUCUACUGGCAAUGGCAAUAUGGAUGCAUCUGAUAAAGUACAGCCAGUGACACUUGCUACCAGUGAAAAUAAGCUUCCUGCAGAUGACCCACAGCCAAAAGAUGUCUGUUUGAAAGAAUUUGCUUAUUCAAGCACAAAUGGAGAUCCACAAAUUAGUGUGUCUGUUGCUGAAGAACCUUCCAUUUCCGUCAUUGAUCUAGAGACAACUUGUGCUGAAGAUGUGGUUAUUGGGAAUACAGACCCAGAACAAGAAUUUAAGAGCGAAGUCCCUAAAAGAAAACGCGGUAGACCUCGUAAGUCACCGGAAGACGUAGAAAAGAGCAGUAAGGAAACUAAAGAGACACUGCCAUCUGAUGACAAGUGCAAAUACAAAGGCAAAUUGCGAGAUUGCUUAGUUGGAACAGGUGGAUAUAUUAAGCUGCACAAAGGUCAAGGGAAGCCACUCAAGAAAAGAAAGACAAAUCCUAAAUCUGCAGUUCAGCAGGCUGCAAUGAAACUGCUUCAAAGAGGGAAGAAAAAGAGAUUAGUGGCCCCAAAAAAACAAACUGCAGAAGCACAAUUCAAGUGUAAUGAUUGCGGAAUGAUGUUUCAACGCCGAUAUGCACUGCUUAUGCAUAGUGUGAAACAUGAAAAGUCAAAAGAAUUCAAAUGUCCGCUAUGUACAAAAGAGUUCCAGUACAGCGCAUCAUUACGUGCUCAUCUAAUCAGACACUCCAAAACAGGCAAAGCAGAAGUCAACGUUGUUGAAACAGAAACGGAUACAGUAAAGGGUGGGACAAAAAGGCAAUUUAUUUGUGGUAUUUGUGGAAGAACACUGCCUAAGCUAUAUUCUCUGAGGAUACACAUGUUGAAGCAUACAGGUGUGAAGCCACAUGCAUGUGAGAUCUGUGGGAAAGCCUUUACUCAUAGACAUGGUUUAAAAAUGCACCAAGCCUUGCAUGAAGCUCAUAAACAGUUCAAAUGUCAUAUGUGUGACAAGUCUUUUGUGACCAACCGCAGUCUUCAGGAACAUGUGAGCACUCACACAGGAGAAUCCAAGUAUCUUUGCUCUGUAUGUGGAAAGGCUUUCCACAGGGCAUCUGGACUAAGUAAGCAUCUAAAGAAACACAAACCAAAAGUUGAGACUCGUGGAUAUCAUUGUACACAAUGUGAGAAAAGUUUCUUUGAAUUACGGGAUCUCCAGCAACAUAUGAACAAGCACCUUGGCGUAAAACCAUUUGAGUGUGAGUUUUGUGGAAAAAGCUAUAGCUGGAAAAAAGACUGGUAUUCCCAUGUGAAAUCUCAUUCUGUCACAGAACCCUACAGGUGCAGUGUAUGUGGCAAAGAGUUCUAUGAGAAAGCCCUUUACAGACGACAUGUAAACAAGGCAACCCAUGGCAAGAAAGGAAGGACAAAGUUAAAUUUUGAAAAAGCAUGUGAGCACUGUGGCAAAAUAUUCACUCAGUUUAGAGAAUACAGGAGACAUGUAAACAAUCAUGAAGGGGUAAAACCAUUUGAAUGCAUUACUUGUGGUGUAGCUUGGGCUGAUGCCCGUUCCCUUAAACGCCAUGUAAGGACACACACCGGAGAAAGACCCUAUGUGUGCCCAGUGUGCAAUGAAGGCUACAUUGAUGCUCGUACAUUACGAAAGCAUAUGACUAAAACCCAUAAGGACUAUGUACCUGGUAAAAUAAUGCUGGAGAAGGACAGUCUUCAAUUCCAUAAUCAAGGAACUCAAGUUGAGCAUGCAGUAAGCAUAUUGUCCACUGAGCUGGAUGAGCCACAAGCAGAAAUUGUUACUGAAGAGAUUGAAACAGCAGUGGUUGCUGAAGAAGCAAUGGUACAGGCACUAAACGACACAGCUGUUUCAUCACUUUCGGACCAAAGCAUCAUGCAAGUAGUGAAUUAUGUUCUUGCCCAGCAACAGGGACAAAAAAUGACUGAUGUGUCUGAGGAGUUAGAGACUGUAGAAGUAGAGGUUGGGCAAAUAUCAGAAGUAGUAUGACCACAAACAUCCUGCUUUAGAAUAUCUGAACUUCAGCACUUACCCAGGACUUUGUUCUGUGAUGCACCAGCACUAAUGCCUUUCUAUACCUGCUCAUUGACAUCAACACCAUAAAUAGUUCUAGAAGUUGGCUUUAUAAAUGCUGUUGUGUUACUAAACCAUCAAAAGUGGUUGUUCUUCUAUGGUCUUCGUCUGUGAAAAUCUUCACUGCUUCUGGAUUGUCUACUUUUGCUAGAAAGUGGAAAUAUACCAACACUUCUUUUCAGUGUCAUUUUAGAUAUGUUUAAAUGGUGUUUAAAAAUAUAUCUUGCCCAACAUGUUCAAAUUCCCACUCACUUUGAGCCACUUCAUGCAAGCAAUUUGAUCGCAUUCAUGCUCAUGUUAUAAAGCAUUAAGAACGAAUAUGCCGCAAACAAGAAUGGACUAAUAAUUGAGAAAAUGAAGAAUUUCAUCGGAUGCACAUUACAUUGUAUAUAUUUUUAUAUUUCUCUCACUUGUGCAUUCAUGGACUGAUAUGCCAUACAUGUCUCAGUUUUGUGGAUACUGGACAAAUAAGUUAAAGGACAUGUAAACUGUACAUUCUCCUGCCAUGUAUGUUGGUUGCAUCUCCCCCACUGAAUGGCAUCAUUGUGCUGCAUAUAUCCCCUCUGUUUGCCAGCACCAUCACAUUUUCCUGCAACCAAAAAAAGCAGCUUUUUCCCUCUGACACAUCAGUGCCAUUUACUUCUACAAACCACACAUGUGCUCUAUAAAGUUCAUGCAAUGCAGGCUUACACAGGCAGAAUUUUGUUUGAUUAAGCGGAGCUCAGGAGAAAAAUAAACCAGUAAUGUUAUCUCUUCAUUGGCUGCUAGACUGGAAGAUAUGUUUAGUAAUCUGAGUUGAAAAGAACUGAGCAUGCUCAGUAGCUAUGGGUUUGGAGGAAUUUUUAGAAGAAAGAUGGUUCAUUUCAACAAAAUGCUUGACAAAGGGGCGUGACCCCGAAACGUUGCAGUCUGCGCAAUAAACAAGCAGGUGACACUGCAAUUUGAACACCUGUGUGCCGAUACCAUGUGGGCAGCCAUUCAGGCUGGAAAAACGCACAGGUUACAAAGCAUAUACAGGAUAAACCCUGUCCAAUAUAAGUGUGUUAUCUGCUAUGUAACUUGUGGCUUUUCCCCCAUCUUGAAUGGCUGCCCUCAUGGCUACACAGCAGCUUAUUUAUGUAAACUAUAGUAGUCUUUCUAAAGCAAACACGCAGCUUUUACCAGUGCAGAGCAACAGUACAUUAAGUUUUCAUUUGUGUGUGUCUACUUGCAACUCAUGCUAGCAGGGGCCCAUGGAUAUUAAUCUGUGCAUUUUACAGUGUAUGUAGGCACAUGGAGAAUAUUAACAUCUCAAAUUUUCAAUGAUAUAAUUUAUUCAGGUUCCUUUUCCUGACUUUUUGAUUAUCUGCUACUCAAUGCAGGAUUUUGUUGCUAAGAAAUAAUGAAGGCCAGUGACACAUGAGAUAUUUGAUAAACACCUGCUACCUGCUGUAGACUUAAAUGGCAACCUCUUGUCGCCAGCAGCCAGCCUGACACUUUUCCCCACUGGGCUGCAAUCAUCUAGUUGGUAUGAUCCUAAUUUUAGAUGCUGGAUAAACAGAUAUGAACCUAUUAUGUAAAAAAAAUACUUUAUGGUGCAAAACACUAUUCUCAAAACACUAUUCACAAAACCUACUUGCACCCAUUCAUGCCACUGUGCCUUGUAGGGGAAUCCCCAUUGUGCCCAUCCAGCCUGGCCUUAAAUAAAUAAUGCACACAUGGAUAUUAAUAUACCUUGCUUGUACAUGGCUGUAAUUCCAAGGUUUCCUUAAUGGGUUGUAUAAAUAACCACGACUGAAUUGCUUUGUGUGAAUCACACACUAAAGACAUUGUUAAUAACACAUGCAGUAAUUGAUGCCAUUGCAGCACAAAUACAGGGGGAAAACAGACCAUCACAAUUUACUGAAAAGUUAAAUUGUGGCUUUAUGCGUAGUGUAAACUAAAGUGUACAUAUUGUAUAUGGAAUCCUUUCCUUUUUUUUAAUUAACUAUUAGUUGUGGCAAAGAAAAGUUCAAACAACGUUAUCCUGGAUUUUGAAGACAGGAUUAGAAAAAAGAAUAAUCAAUAAAGAUGAAUUUGAAUACA